GAGAGGCAGGUUGGAGUGGUAGUAACACGCUGAGCUCACUGUACUGCAGAAUCCUGACUAAGGGACCAGGGCAGCCGCUGCACUGAUAGGCUUGGUUACUUAGCAAGAGACAGUGGCCAGACCCUCCCUUCCUCUCACUCUUAAAUGCCUCCUCCUCUUUCUCUUUCACAAUCUCCUGUGUCUUUCACUCUAGUAUCAGAGGGGCUGCACACACACGCUGAGUGAGUCUCUCUGUGUCCUGCGGUCUCACUCAGCAUUUGAGGAACACAAGCUGACUGUUCUGCACUCUUCUCUGCAUGACUGUCACAAAGAAGAAAGAACAUCAUAGACACUUGGGGUGGCAUGAGGAUGUCAUGGCGGCCAACCUACCGAAGCUCCAAGUUUCGAAACGUAUAUGGCAAAGUGGCCAACCGAGAGCACUGCUUCGAAGGCAUCGCGAUCACAAAGAACGUCCAUGACAACCACUUCUGUGCGGUCAACGGCAAGUUCCUCGCCAUAGUUACGGAGAGCGCGGGAGGAGGAUCCUUCGUUGUUAUCCCGGUCACUCAGUUUGGCCGUAUCGAACCUCACUAUCCAAAGGUCUGCGGUCACCAAGGCAACGUCCUGGACAUAAAAUGGAAUCCUUUUCAUGACAACAUAAUCGCUUCUUGUUCAGAGGACUCUUCUGUGCGAAUAUGGGACAUCCCUGAUGGUGGACUGAGAAGAAAUUUGACCGAGGCUGUAUUAGAAUUGUAUGGCCACAGCAGGCGUGUAGGCCUCAUAGAGUGGCACCCAACCACUAGUGGCAUUCUCUUCAGUGCUGGCUAUGACUAUAAGAUCCUGAUUUGGAAUCUUGAGAUUGGGGAGCCGGUGAAAAUGAUUGACUGCCACACAGAUGUGAUCCUCUGUAUGUCGUUUAACACUGAGGGAAGCCUACUGGCCACCAGCUGCAAGGACAAGAAACUUCGCGUCAUCGAGCCCCGCUCUGGCAAAGUGCUACAGCAGGAGGCAAACUUCAAGAACCACAAAGUGAACCGUGUUGUGUUCCUAGGCAACAUGAAACGACUUCUGACGACAGGUGUGUCCCGCUGGAACACACGACAGGUUGCUCUUUGGGACCAGGAGGAUCUGUCCAUGCCUAUCAUUGAGGAGGAGAUUGAUGGCCUGUCAGGCCUGCUUUUCCCUUUCUAUGAUGCAGACACACAUAUGCUUUACCUAGCAGGCAAGGGUGAUGGGAACAUCCGGUACUACGAGAUCACCCUGGAGAAGCCCUACUUGCAGUAUCUCAUGGAGUUUAGGUCCCCUGCACCACAGAAAGGGCUUGGAGUGAUGCCGAAGCAUGGGCUGGAUGUAGGAGCGUGUGAAGUCUACAGGUUUUAUAAGUUGGUGACUCUGAAGGGCCUGAUCGAGCCUAUCUCUAUGAUCGUGCCUAGAAGGUCAGAGACAUAUCAGGAAGACAUAUACCCCAUGACUCCUGGGACAGAACCUGCACUUUCUGCUGAUGAGUGGCUCAGUGGAAUCAACAGAGGCCCUGUUCUCAUGUCCUUGAAAGAGGGCUACAACAGGCCCAACAAGCUGGUAUUCAAGGCCCCUGUAAAGGAGAAGAAGAGUGUGGUGGUCAAUGGGAUUGACCUGCUGGAAAAUGUGCCUCCCCGUACAGAGAAUGAGCUCUUGCGGAUGUUCUUCAGGCAGCAGGAUGAGUUGCGACGACUGAAGGACGAGCUCACUCAGAAGGACAUUAAGAUCCGACAGCUUGAGCUGGAGCUCAAUAACAUAAGAAACAGCCCAAACAACAAUAACAACAGCAAUGAUAGCAGCAUUUGACAUGAAAUGUUUACUGUUUCUGUUGAUUUCCUGUCCUAAAGUGACACUAUAUACAGUAAGCCUCCAGCACUGCUGACACUCCACAUGGGCCUCCUCCUUCCUAACGGUCCAAUAUUCUCCUUCCAAGAUCCCUGCAGACCAAGUGCUCGUCUUCAUUAAGCAGUGUUUCACACUUGACCACCAGUGUUGACCCCACAGCGACCAUGUGCUAUGUUGACUUUAUUGGAGUGAUGAUUCAAUACUCUCCCUUCAAAUGUCCUUCAUUCACAAUACCAAUCUACCUGCGGUAGCUCUUUCUAUAUACAGUGAAGAGGUACACAAGACUCACAAAUACAUAAACUGGCACCACCCACAGGUAGGUGGGGAGGUGCAGUGGGUUAUGAACAGAAAGGGCUCCUCUUUCCUUUUCUUUAUCUUUCUUAAAGGGUUAGUUAACCUAAAAAUGAAAAUUCUGUCAUUUACUCACUCUCAACAAACCGGUAUGACUUCCUUUCUUCUGUGUAACACAAAAGGAGAUGUUAAGCAUAAUGACAGCCUCAGUCACCAUGCACUUUCAUUUUAUGGAAUAAAAUGCAAUGAAAGUAAAUUGGUGACUGAGACUAACAUUUUCCUUUUGUGUUCCACAGAAGAAAGGAAGUCAUAAGGAUUUGGAACAAUAUGAGGGUGAGUAAAUGAUGAAAGAACUAUCUCUUUAACCAUUCUCUUUCGUGUAAUUGUAAUCCCUUCCUCUCUUUUCUCACAAAUGAAUGUUUACUGCAAGACUGGUAGUCUUGCAUUGAAUUGGUUUUGACUUGGUACAAGCUAAUAAUUGCAGUAUCAUCUCAUAAUUUUAGUCUUACCUAGAUUUAAUUAUUAGAAUUAUUUAUUUAAUUCUUUUUUCCUUAUUAGUAAUUGUUCUAAAUAGCUCAGUAAAUGUCAUAUAGAGUCAUGGCUAUUAAGACAGAGAUAAAAAGUAUUGUAAGGUUUAAGUAUUUUAAUGACUUUAAGGUCAAAUAGAAAUGCUUCACCAAUCAAGCUGUCUUCUCAUGAGAACAGUGGUACUGUUAAAUAGGUUUGUUAUGAUAGUACCCACAGUGCUGAUUGAAUUGAGAACGGUGUUCAAAAAACACAGUUCAGCAAUACACAAUUGAUGAUAUUUAUCCAAAUGACACCCUGAAGUAUUGGGUUAUUACUCAAUUGAGUUGGGGACUGUGGUGACUCUUUAGUUGCUCCUCUUCACAUUGUGCAAGUCAGUUUAUAGAGGCAAUUCAAAUGGGUCGAUAAAGCAAGUAAGUUAACUUACUGAGAAGAUUUUACAGUGUGAAAAAACAAGCAACAUCAGAAUUAAUUUUAUACACUGAUAUACACAAAUACACUGGUGGCCAAAAGUUUGGAAAAAUGGGUUUGGAAAGAAAUUGGUACUUUUAUUCACCAAAGUGGCAUUCAGCUGAUCACAAUGUAUAGUCAGGACAUUAAUAAUGUGAAAAAUUACUAAUACAAGUUGGAAAUUUUUUUUUAGAACUUCUUAAACUUCUUCAGAGUUCUCAUCAAAAAAAUCCUCCACGUGCAGCAAUGACAGCUUUGCAGAUCCUUGGCAUUCUAGCUGUCAGUUUGUCCAGAUACUCAGGUGAUAUUUCACCCCACGAUUCCUGUAGCACUUGCCAUAGAUGUAGCUGUCUUAUCGGGCACUUCUCACGCACCUUACGGUCUAGCCGAUCCCACAAAAUCUCAAUGGGUUUAAGAUCCAUAAAACCCUUUUUCAAUUAUCUGUUGUCCAAUGUCUGUGUUUCUUUGUCCACUCUAAAUUUUCUUUUUGAUUUUCUGUUUCAAAAGUAGCUUUUUCUUUGCAAUUCUUCCCAUAAGGCCUGCACCCCUGAGUCUUCUCUUUACUGUUGAACGUGAAACUGGUGUUGAGCGGGUAGAAUUCAAUGAAGCUGUCAGCUGAGGACAUGUGAGGCAUCUAUUUCUCAAACUAGAGACUCUGAUGUACUUAUCCUCUUGUUUAGUUGUACAUUUGGCCUUCCACAUCUCUUUCUGUCCUUGUUAGAGCCAGUUGUCCUUUGUCUUUGAAGACUGUAGUGUACACCUUUGUAUGAAAUCUUCAGUUUUUUGGCAAUUUUAAGCAUUGUAUAGCCUUCAGUCCUCAAAACAAUGAUUGACCGAAAGCUUUUUUGCUACUUAAGACAUGCCAGUCUAUUGCAUACUGUGGAAACUCAAAAACAAACACAAAGAUAAUGUUAAGCUUCAUUUAACGAACCAAAUUGCUUUCAGCUGUGUUUGAUAUAAUGGCAAAUUAUUUUCUAGUACCAAAUUAGCAAUUUAGCAUGAUUACUCAAGGAUAAGGUGUUGGAGUGAUGGCUGCUGGAAAUGGGGCCUGUCUAGAUUUGAUCAAAAAUGACUUUUUUCAAAUAGUGAUGGUGCUGUUUUUUACAUCAGUAAUAUCCUGAAUAUACUUUGUGAUCAGCUGAAUGCCACUUUGGUGAAUUAAAGUUCCAAUUUCCUACUGACAUUAUGUACAUUAUUCCAAACUUUUGGCUGCAAGUGUAUUCAAAUCUUGAAUGGAAUCCACUAAUUGUAAAAUCCAAUUAAUUAGUAACAGAUGUACAUUAGUAUUAGACACUGACACUGUCAUUUCAUAAGGAUCUGGGUAAGUAAAGUUCGAAGGAAAAGUUAAACUGACCACUCAAAGAAAGAAAGAGAUGGAGAGAGAGGUCUGGCUGGUAGAUUUUUGAUUGAACAGUUAAUCUAACUGUAAGACGACACACUAUGUUUAAACGGAUAGUUCCUAAAAAUGAAAAUUCUCUUAUCAUUUAAUCACUCUCAUGCCAUCUCAGAUGUGCAUGACUUUCUUCUGAACACAAAUGAAGAUUUUUAGAAGAAUAUCUCAGCUCUGUAGGUCCUUAUAAAGAAUGGUGGACAGAACUCUGAAGCUCCAGAAAGUAUAUAAAGGCAGCAUAAAAGUUAUCCAGACGACUCCAGUGGUUAAAUCCAUUUCUUCUGAAGCAAUAUGACAGGUGUGAGUGAGAAACAGAUCAAUAUUUAAGUCCUUUUUUACUAAAAAUCUGCCCUCCUAUUCAUGUUCACAAGAGGACUGAGUUUUUUUUUUUAUGAUAAUGAUUAGCAUCUUUUGUUCAUAUCAACACCUACUGGGCAGAGAGGAAAAAAAGCAGGGAUAAAGAAAGGAAAAUAAUAAAUAAAUCAUAUUUGCACAACAGCCCAAUGGGUGGCGAUAUGCACGAAAAUGCAAUGCAAAUGCAAAAAAAAACAAAAAAAAACUGAAGAACUUGUGCAUUAGAGGGCUGUUUGAAAGUAGACUUGUAGUAAAAAAAAAAAAAAGAAGAAAAAAAAAGGAUGUAAAUAUUGAUCUGUUCCUCACCCACACCUAUCAUAUUGUUUCUGAAGACAUUGUUUUAACCACUGGAGUCAUGAAAUAUUUUUAUGCUGCCUUUAUGUGCUUUUUGGACCUUCAUGUGCAUUGUGUGGAACUAUAGAGCUGAAAUAUUCUCCUAAAAAUCCUUGUUUGUGUUCAAUAGAUGAAAGUAAGUCAUACACAUCUGGGAUGGCAUAAGGGACAGAAAAUUAUGAGAGAAUUUUCAUUUUUGGGUGAACUAUUCCUUUAAGACUGACUGUGAUUGAAAAAGCAUAAUGAAACACUGUUCUUUUUAUUAUUAAAAAUUCAUUUAAAUCAAACCUAUUUAAUGAUUCCAUUUUCAAAUUUUGUUUAGUACCACCUCCUGACAAUUUAUAAUUUUAUUAUGCCACAAAAUACAGGUGCAGUCAUGCUCUUUAUGUCACGCUCCUCUGUAAUGGUUACCCUAUUAAUUAGAACCAGAACAGAUUGGUUGUGCCCUUAUAAAAUAAUCUGAAAGCUAAGAACAAACUUUACCAGCUAAUCUUACAAAAAAGGGUGUUUUUAAAGUUGAAUGGCACAUUUAAUGGGCCAGUUGUGGCCAGGAGAAAUAUGGUGAUCACUUCAUUCUUAAUUCAAAUCAGUAAUUAAAGCCCUCAGCCCUCAGACUUUAAUCAACCAGCAUGGAAAGCAAGUUGGUUUGCCUUUGAAUACAGCCAGUGAGUGUUUGAUAUUUUCUUGCUGUAACUAUUUAAUGAAAAACAAUAUGAACCUCAAGCUUUGUAAAUAUUUUGCCUCAUAAAAUAAUAACGCAAA